AUGGAUUUCCCAGGUCAUUUUCAGCACAUUUUCAAGCAGCUUAACCAGCAGCGCCUCCAUGCUCAGCUGUGUGACUGUGUAGUGGUGGUUGGAGACCAGAGCUUCCAGGCUCACCGCUCCAUCCUGGCAGCCUGCAGCUCUCACUUCAGAGCUCUCCUGAACAACAGUGCUGAUGAGGUUGGACGACCAAAAGCUGACAGAAUUGCAGGCGGAGGACCCAGUGUGAUGGAGCUAGAUCCAGAGGUGGUGACCCCCGAGGCCUUCUCCACCCUGUUAGACAUGAUUUAUACCUCCACCCUCUCAUUGGGAGCCUCCAAUGUGAUGGAUGUGUUGUUGGCAGCCUCGCAUCUUCACCUUAACACUGUGGUGAAGGCAUGCAAGCUUCACCUGUCCAGGAAAAACUUCCCUGCAUCACCGCCUAAGGGAUGGAGGUCUGUGCAGCAGCAGCAGCAGUGUCCUCCUUCGCAGGCAGAGAUAUCAGCCUCACUUCAACAGGUCACAUCUGCUGUGGAGGAGGAUGUGGAUGAAGACGGAGUGGCAGUUGAGGUGAGCCAGUCGGGUGGGGUUGAAGAUCGGGGGGUCAGUGGCGAGCAGAGUGCAGCACCACCAUUGAGGCGUAAAAGAAAUGCACAAGAAGACAUGUUCAAUGGCAGAAAGAGGUCCUGCAGGCCGCCUGGAGAAAACUAUAAAGAGUGUUCACCUACUGUAACCAGAAGCACCAUCAGUACCGAGGAGCGGGGAGAGGAGCUGCUGUCCCCCGACUGCCUCAAGACAACUGAAGGGCUCUGGGACAGCAGCCGAGGCAAUGAGGAGAAAGAGGAGGAAAUAGAGGAGAAAUAUGAAGCAAGGAAGGGAGAGUCAGAGGAGAUCCAGCUACCGAGUCAGUCUGAUAGCAGCACAGGAGGUGCAGGUGCAUGGGAGAAGGAUGGGAGUACAGAUGGUGACACUGUGGUGAAAGUAAAGGUGGGAGAAGAAGGGGAAGAAGAAGAAGGAGAGGAGUCAAAAAUGGCAUUGAUUGAGGUGAAAAAGGAAAAUCUGAGCACAUACUCCCCAGAUUUAGACAUACUACCAAAAUAUUCUCCUCCAUCUCCACCAAAAGACUGCACAGACAAUUUGAACGUGCUAGUAAAACAACAAAAUGAGAAAACGAGUACAGUCAGUCCCACAGAGGGAGAUGCAAGCUCUUUACAAUCACAGCUGUGCACAGAUCUUCACACUGAUGCACAGAGGGAGGCUGGAGGUUUGGGUGAGGAUUCAGUAGAUGGUGAUGGCCUGGACAGCCUGUCAGAGCUGGCCUUUUCCUGCUUCCUCAAUCCCAGUAGUGAAGGUGUAAUGGGAGCUCUUGAAGAAGAAGACAGCCUAGCUAGCCUCACCGCUGCUGCCACUGCUGUUGCUGCCGCCACUGAUGCAGUUGAACCAUGUCAAAGCUCGGAAGAAGCAAACACUUCUUCUGCUCAGCCCUCUGAUUCCUCCUCCUCUCUAGUUUUUCCCGUAACCUCUGUCCCCUUGCAGCAGCUUCUCCCAACUCAGAGCCCUGGUUUUAGUGACACACUCAUCCUCCAUCCCACCCAGAAUUCCUUGGCAGGGUUCCUCAGCAGCAUCAGACCUGGUCUCAGUCUGGAAGCCUCUCUCGUCCAACCCUCCAGGGCUGGGAAGAGCUCAGGAGCAACAACUUUCCGUCGCAUCGCUCCCAAAGUGUCGCCUGGAUCAGAAACUGGCACAGAUCCGCCCUCUUCCUCUGGAUCAGCAGGGGAUGCUGCUGCUGAUCGGCCACCUCUAACCAGAGCUUCUGAGGAUGUUCUGUCCAAGUGCAAGAAAGCAGCUGCUGAGGACCACGUACUGUUGGUGGAAGGGGAGAAGAAAUAUGCCUGCAAAAUCUGCUGUAAGACAUUCAUGAACCUGACUGACUGUAAGAAGCACAUUCGUGUCCACACAGGAGAAAAGCCCUACCCCUGUCCGAAGUGCGGCAAACGCUUCAGCCAGUCUUCCCAUCUGUAUAAGCAUUCUAAGAAUACCUGUCUGAACUGGAAAGAUGAUCAGUCAUUCCCAGACAGUCUGCUCUGA